UUUCCCCUCCUCCUUUGCUUUCAUCCCCAGUCUUGGAUAAGCCUCGGCCUGUCCCUCUCUCUCCUCUCCCUUCUACAAUCAAACUCUGCAGACAAAAAAAAAACACACAAACAAAUGCUUCUAUAAUUUUCUACACAAAAAAAGAAAAAAAAAAUCCAAAAAAUGUCAGUUUUAGCUCCAAACCCUUCCUUAAUCCACAGAGGCAUAUGCUGCAGAGAACAGAACAACUACUUAGCCAACAGCAAUGCUUGCGUUAGUAUACCAGUUAGCAUUGGAGGAGUCUCUGCAGUUUCCAGAAAUGGAAACAGAAGGGAGAGGAGAUUGAGAGCUUUUUGGGAUACAAGGCCAAUAUCUUUAGAGAUGGAAGCCAUUGAAGGAGUUGAGGAGCUUGAGGAUAUUCUCAGCCAAUCUAAAGAGACCUCCCAGCCCGUCCUCAUUGAUUGGAUGGCUUCUUGGUGUCGAAAAUGCAUUUACUUAAAGCCGAAGUUGGAGAAGCUUGCUGCUGAGUACCACCCAAGAAUCAAGUUUUAUUUUGUGGACGUGAACAAAGUAUCUCAAGCUUUGGUCAAGCGCGGGAAUAUUUCUAAAAUGCCAACUAUUCAAAUAUGGAAGGAUGGAGAGUGGAAAGAUGAAGUAAUAGGAGGGCAUAAAGCUUGGCUUGUGAUGGAUGAAGUGCGCGAAAUGAUUCAAAAGCACCUCUAACAUAUUUUAUCUACUUCUUUUUUGUACAGUUAAUUUCUUCAUUUAUGCGGAUCAUUUAAACAUAAAUAUGAUUUUUUCUGCAUAUAUAUACAGAAAAGAUGAAAUAUAUAAGUUAAUUUUCUGCUCA